AUGACGGACGAGAAUGAAGAAUUUAACAAUAAUAUUAUGUAUAGCGAAUACGAUAUUGCAGGAUUAGAAGUAGAAGAGCGGGAUAGUAUUGGUAAAAAUACGCUUAGAAUUAUUAAAAGAAUCAGAAAAACGGAGGAGGGUGAUGAGGAGUGGAGGAUUGUGAAGGGAAAGAGGAAGAAAAAACGACUGCACGAGGAUAAGAACUUAAGUACAAAAACAGAUAUCGAGGUAUACGUUGCAUGCAGUGAAAAGCUGCCCAAGCAAUUUGCUUUGGCAUGGUUAUUCAACGAAAAUGGAAUUACUGAUAUAAUUAGAGUGAAAUACUUAAACCCAUUUAAAGUAAGGUUGCAAUUUUCGAAUGACGAAAAUGUUCAAAAAUUAAGUGCCUGUGUGACAUUCAUUUCUAUGGGAUGGAGAAUUCAAAAGGCUAUGGAGGUUAACUACUCUUACGGAAUUAUAGGAGUCGUGGAGUUAGAAAUGUCUGAAGAAGAAAUUAUGAGAAAUAUAUCAUGCCCAGAUUCUAUAGAAUUAAUAUCCGUUAAAAGGCUUAAGCGACGAAGUUACACGAAACAAGAAGGGUGGUGUGCAAGUGUAACCAUGCGGCUUUGUUUUAAAGGGUCCUCUCUACCUUCAUACGUAUAUAUUUUGAAUAUGAAAAUAACUGUUCAGCCAUAUGUUUAUCCCGUUUCACAAUACUCACAAUGUUGGAGGUUGGGUCACAUUCGAAAGUUAUAUCCAUUUAAGAAAACAAUAUGCCCGAAAUGUGGGGGAGAACACGAGAAUUGUGACACUAAACAUUCAAAUGUGUCAAUUGUUCUGGAAGUCACAUGGCUUUAG